AUGCUAGUGUUGUCGCGAUACUACUUCUAGCUUGCAACGACGUCAGCUAAAGUGCUGAGUCGCCCAGGACGAUCGCAGUCGUUGCCAAGCUACGUCAUCUGGACGCAGUCAGCCCCACUCAGCCCCUUCACACAUUUCUGCCAAUCCUCAGCCGAAGCUCACCGCUGAUCUGCACGCCAACAAGGGUGCACGAGGUACCUCGCUGUCUCAGCGGCGCACCAAACCCCAGACCAGUCGCCCCGUGGAGGCUCAGUCUUCUUCGAGUCGUCGCCCUCAGGUCGUGGGGGCGACGGCAGGUGCAGCAGCAGCAGCCGGCGUCCCUCAAUCAGCUUCGAAGGUAUUCUUCAACGGCGUCAAGGCAGCUGCCAACUACGCCGUUCCCAUCCUCGCUACCAACGCGCACCGCAUCCCCGAACUUGUCUCGGGUCAACAAGGUCAGCAGCAACAUAAAGGAGGUAAAGGUCACGGCGGAGGUAAAGCCAACCACGGUAACGGCAACAAUCCCUGGGCGCUCAUCCCUCAACAGGCUUUGACCCAGCUAGCUUAUAGCACAGCGAGACAAGCCACCACUGGCGGCAAACCAGGCUCGGCAUUACGUCAAGGCAGGCCCUUUGGCGGACCAGUCGGAGCCUACAACCUGGCAACAGCAGGCGCGGCCGUAGCAUCAGCAGCAGCCUCAGCUUUGGCCAACAAGCGCGAUCAAAACAAGCAGAGGGCCGGUGAUCAUCCUUCCAAGACUAGACGCUCAUCGUCACGUCAUCCACCGGAGCUCGCUCAUCGUUCCUCAUACCCGUCGCAUCAACUCAACGCUCCAGCGCCUUCGCCUUACUUUGAAGGCAGCCAAUUUCAGCUCGGCGAAUAUCACUUUGAUCCGUCGCUUGAGGCCUUUGCUCCACUAGCGCUCGACUACACAGCUCAGUGGUCUUCACCACCAGACUACAGUCUACACCCUCCGUUCGCGCUGAACGUUAUCGAGCCUUCGGCCGAGGAUAUGUCUCGCGACAUGUACGGUGCAGGUGGGUACCCAGGCUACGGCGCUGCUGCUCCUAGUGGCAUGGCAAGAGGUCAAACGGCAGGAGCGGGCUACGACCAAGGCUAUCCUGGCGGUCAGCAUGGUCACGGUGGUGCUGGUGGUCCACCGCCACCUCCGCCUCCAGGCAGUCAGCCUCCUGGUCAGUCGGCCCCCGAUCCUCGUUCUCGCUCCCGAACCGCGCCUCCUCCGAGCGAUUGGCCCGGCGCUGCGAGCCAAGAUCCCGGUGCAUUUCCGCCUCAUGGUGCUUAUGCAGGUCAGAAUCCGGCUUCGGCUUACCCUGGCUAUGGUGCGCCUCCGAGUCAAUGGCCCGGUGCUGCUGGCGGCGCUGGUGCGUGGCCAAGUACCGCUGGUGCUAAUCCUUGGGCAUCAGCAGGCCAGAGCGGCUGGCCGCCUCCUUAUGGUGGUGCAGGGGCUGCGCAGAUGCCGUAUGGCGCUGCGGCUGGACCGUCUGCCUACUAUCAGUCCGCUUACGGUGCACGAGCUCCACCUCCCUCCGUACCGCCUCAUGCUGCAGCAGCUUACGGCUACAUGUCAGGCUACGGCGCUCUUCCUCCGCAGACGGCUACCGGUCCUUAUGGUGCUUAUGCUCAACCGCAGGCUUUUGGCGCUACUGGAUACGCCAAUGCGUACGGUAUGCAACAGCAAUUUCCACCGGGAGCUGGCGGAUAUCCCGGCUUUCCUGGUGCCGGCAUGGGCAUGAUGCCCUAUGGUUCACCUUAUGGUGGAUAUCCUGGAGGCCCGGUGCCACCGCACGUUCAGGUAAGUAAGGUCGAUCCUGCUCGGGCAAGUCAGUGAUGUCGAUCUAUGUGCAAUCUUUGAGGCAAGAACGCUGUUGAUUUUACAAUUAUUACUGAUAUCCCGAUGACAUUGCCAUCGAUGGGCAAGUGAGCGUCUGUGUCAACUCAACGUUGACGUCCUUCGACAAAAUUUGCUUCGUAUAGGCCUACUUGCAGCGCGGGUAUGCCGAAGGCUGGGAUGAUACUGGCAAGAAGAGUCGUGAGUAUCUGAAGUGCUUCAAGACGCGCUAGGUGUCUUGUUGAUCAUGCCCGAGCUCUCCAACAGGCCACAAGCAUCGAAGCGGUCAAGCUCGCAGCGACACUAGAUCCCGCUCGGGCAGUGUGAGCAGCGACGACAGCAGUGCUAAGAGCAAGAAGACUAGCGGCGGUGGAGGGUAAGCAAAUUUGCGGCCGUUUCACUAGCAACGCAGUGGGCGCUCACCCGACAUUUCUUGUUUCGUUUUUUUUUUGUUUGCCCACUCUCCACGACAGCAAACGUAUUCAAGACGCUAUGCUCGGUGCUGUCACUGGUGAGUCUAUGCGUAACGGGCUUCAGUACCUCCGACAAACGGUGGAAGGCGAAACGCUUCAGCUGGCUUUGAAGACGGCGCUACUAGGAUGACGGUGCAAUACUAAUUGCCCGACGAACGUGUAUCGACACGACUCUUUUCAUAUCUUAUUACUUGACGAUCGGAAACGCCUCUAACGUUCUUGCACGACCAGCAAUGACAAUCUCCUUGAUGCCCUCGAUUGACGCUGAUAGUGUCGCGUAUUGAUGUUGACACACUAUUCUCCUUUCUUUGACGUUCUCACAGGCGCAAUGCUCGAGAAAGGAAUGGAGAAGUGGAAGGAGUCGCGCGACAAGAAGAAGGAGGACAGAUGA